ACUGUCUGGACCGUGCGCACGCGCACUGUGACGAUGGGAAUUUCCUACAGCUGAGGAGGCGUAGCUAGCAACAGCGAGAAUUUCUUAAAGCUUGGUGAUGUCAGAGGUAUUAUGCCAUAAGGAUUUAUUUUCACGAUAAGCAACCGUGAACUGAAGUGGAAGCUGAAAGAUAUGGAGUAGAUGCAACUCUGCAUUAAUACAGUGCAAAACAGCAGCUCUGUUUGACUUCAUCUUCUGUCAUUGUCUGGAAAUGAGUUGGACUUUAAACAAGUAGAAGAGAUGCCCAUAAGGUGGUUGAAAAGAAGAAGGCUACAUCUUGCAGCCUAGCCACCAUAACUGAAAGUGCUGCAUCUUUUUCUAUUUUAGAAGAUGCAUUGCUGAUUGGAUGUAAAUUCUCAUUCUCUUCCAUCUCUCACAAUACUGUCACUGAUGCUGACUGUGUGCCACUAUGCACUGUGAAUAAUGACAACAAAAAAAUGGUGCCUAAAUGCAUCCUCAUGCAGACUAUGCUGAAAGCAGUGAGGCUUGCACAAAAAAGUGUAACAGCUGACUGAUAGUCUGCUGCCUGUGAUGGAUGCAAAGUUGAAGGAGGACCUAUUCCGGAGGUAUGUGGCAGCGCUGGAGAGGCGUCUGGAGGAUGGGGAAUACACAGCGACAGGAGCUGCACCAGAUGUGGACAAGGGAAGACAUAAGGACAGUGAGGCCCUACUCUCCACGGCCACAGCUCUGUUGGGGGCCUACCAACCAGAUCCGGGACAGCGUUUUCGUAUGGUGCGUUUCUAUGAGGUGGUAGAGAAUUCCCUUCGCUGCCUGAGAGGGGGCAACCUCAAGAGCCUGGAGAGAGCCUUCCACACUUUGGAAACCAUCUGCACCAACCUCUUGCUUUUCCCCUGGAAAAAGGAGUUCAGAUGUAUCAAAACUUUCACUGGUCCAUAUGUGUACCAUCUGCAGUCUGCAAUUCCUGACCCUGAGCUUCGAUCCAUUAUGAACAUCAUUGGCUACUCCUGUGACCAUGAGUCGCAGUUCCAUUUGCAAGAGCACUCGGGAGGUACAAAUCAUCUCCGCCAAUUGGCUUUUGAGCUCUUCCUGGCUCAGGCAGAAUGUUGUCUUCUGGGAGAGGUCGUGGCUCUGGCCCGUGGUUCUGCCUCAGAGCUGGAAGCCCUGGAACUCCGCAGAGGUUGCAGAGAUGAUGCAGCUGGCUGCGCCGAGGCACUUCGCAGACGUGACAGCCUCGGGGCAGAUAUGGCUCGGCUAUCUGUGCGGCCAGUGGAUAUUGAGAGGCCUCAUGCUCUCCUCCUGAGGAGAGGUAGCCGACCAUCGAAGUCGGUGGAUGUUACAGAUGGGGCUGGUCACUGGCAUGCAGCAGUUAACAAGCCUGUGUUGAAGGCCUCAUUGAGUCUGAGGAAGGAGCCUCUGUUUGUGGAUGCAGAGGAGGAUAUGAAGGAUGAGAUCAUCAGGCCCUGUACUUCAGCAUCUUUUUUCUCUGUGGCAGCUCCACCUUCCUAUAGCCCUGUUGCCGAUUUCUUCCCAAUCCAGUCACCUCCACCCACUGAUGCUUACUCAUCUUACCACCUGUCUUCUUUGGAUGAGAUUGACUUGUACACAGAGAGGGGCGGCCCCGGCACAGGAGGAAGGCAAACCCCCUCUCGACCUCCAUCCAGAGAGCCUCGAGAAGCGAGGGAUGGAUGGCUGCUUAAAGCCCAUGGUGGUGUGAAGUGUCAGAGUUGUGGGUUGGGCUGCUCCACAAUGGCCUCCUGCCAGAGGUGUGACAUGAUCCUCUGUUCUGCCUGCCACGACGUGGAUCCCUCCCCAUGCUGCGGCCUCCAGGACUACCCCAAAUCCCCACGACCCCUUGAUGGCUACAUUCCUGUGAAGGAAAAGCUCUCUGUCUACUCCAGUACUCACUCUCACUCCCAUCUCCACCCUCAUCCUCUUACGCUGACCCAUUCACAUUCUCACCCCCACCCUCACCCCCAGAUGGUGGAGAAACCCCUCAUGGCCACAAAGCUGUUUGCAAGCAAGUCUGUUGCCUUGACAACACCAAAGGGAGGCAGCAGUGAGCGAGUAGCCAUAGGCGGAUCACGAUGUGGGUUUUGCAACAAGCCUGGCGCAUCACAUACUUGUGUGAACUGCUCUAAGGUAUCAUGUGACUCAUGCAUGGGUUUGUAUGCAAAGGAUAUGUGCACGCGAAAAAAUCCACAGCACAGUUUUGUGCCCAACCAUCAGCUCAACUUCAAAUCUGGCACCAUAUCUCACCUGGUGUACCGAUGAAUCAGGCAGACAGAGUAUAUAUAUAUAUAUAUGUUUUUUUUCUUUCUCCUUCCUAGUCUCUUGACCUGUAACGUAGUCUUGCACUAUUGCUUUAGCUGUUCCUGCUUUAACAAAUCAUUAAUACCUUCCUCUUUAGCUGACGGUCUUUUCUUGCCUCUCUAACUCUCUUGAACUUGUACAUUUCUCUUGCAGUAGGGCCCUGGAAUGCACACGCCACAGAGAGCCAAGCUGUCUGUCUGCCUUGUUCAAGUUCAGGCCUUUAAUUUAUUUCUUUUUUUUAUCUUGCUACCUGCUCUUGAGUAGUCAUGUGAUGUUGUAGCGCUUCUGAAAUUCUCCAAUUUUCACCUUCUGAAAAGGGAAACUGUAGAAAAAUUAGUUUCCUUAUUUUGAAUGAAUUCCGUCCAGAUGAACAUAUAUAUUCUUUGCCUAACUUCUCAGCUAAAAAUUCCUAACAUAUAAAUAAAUAUAUAUAUAUAUAUAUAUAUAUAUAUAUAUAUAUAUAUAUGUGUGUGUGUGUGUGUGUGCGUGUGUGUAGAAAAGACUUCUAAACUUGCAUUGUGAUGAGAUCUUUUUAAACUUGAAAAAUAGUAUGGUAAAAUGGAGCAGAAAACAUACACUGGAAGUUAAUAGUAUAUAUUUUUAAUCUCUAGAACAAUGUGAGACUGUUAAAUGCGAAUGAUGAUUUUUUUUUUUUUUGAGGAGUAAACUUUUGGCUCUGCGGUGAGAGAUGCAUCAAGUGGACAUAUUGAGACAAUGGUCAGAUGCCAUAUAUUCUAUUUAAAAGAUUAUGCCUUGUAAAUUAUUAAAUUGUUACUAGUUAUAUGAGGUUAAGAUGCUGCUGUUGACUUGAAGCAUUGAAGAUGUAUGACGUUUACUUCUUUAUGAAAAAUAACCAUUAAGUUCUGUUUAGGGUCUAUCCCCUCUGCUUCCCAGCCCUUUUCAUUGCACUCCAUAACCUCCAUACUCCAUGUAGUUGUGGCCCCCUUAGCCAUCAUUGAUCAAAUAUUCCCAGUCAAUAAGUCUCAGGUGAAGUCACGGGAGAUCUCAAACAAGGGUUUGAACCACAGUUUUUAUAUGGCUCUUCCACCGUUUGCACAUAUGUGUUUAUUGAUUGGUUGUAGACGGUAGGAAAGUGUAUAGUGACACGGUUUGUCUGCCUACCUCAAGUUGCUUCAACUUCAUCACCCAAGACAAUAUUGUGGUCUUAAGAUAGCCCUCGGAAUGUAAGAAUUACUGUAUCUAUUAACAUAAUAUGAGUUUGUUUUGGCCAAGCUGCUUUCUAUCUUGCAAAUGACUACUUGAGUUACUUUCCAAAUUUAGCAGCGACAGUUUCUGAGGUAAGGAUGAUUAAGCACAGCACGUUUUGUCUGAAAAAUGUGUGCUGUCAUACAAAUUUUUAAGUGGAGAACAAAACAACAGCCCCGCAACAAAUACAACCUUUGUGUAGAAAAAUAAUAGAAAAUGCAUCAAGUUAUUCCAGAAAGAUUUUGACCCAACUCUGUAUCAAUGUUUGAGACAGAUUGAUGUGGUUUUAUCAUUUUGCAUGUUUUCUGUUUCUGCCAUAUAGAGCAUAAUAGUAGUUUGUCAGUAAUUCAAAGUGCAUGAAAGGCUACUGAUUGAAUCAACACUCCUGACAGUCAACUAAAUGAACUUUUAUCUUCCAGAGGUAGUGUUUGGGCUGUCUUAUACAACAGAAAUGAAACCAUUCUUGGGUCUCAGUUCAGACCGACUUAGUUCAAAAAUAUCCCAUGCAAACUGGUUUGAUGAACUUGGCCUUUUGCCACAUGCAACCAAGUUGAGCCCUCUGAUUCAAGAUGUAAUUGAGAAAUUUUGCAGUGUACACAAAUCAAGACUAUUCUGGCAUGCUUUGUGACAACACUGGCUAUUCUGUUGGUUCUUCACUGCACAUGAACCUUUUUUUUGUCUCUCUCUGAUGCACACAGUGGUCUUUGUAACAUUUGUUGUUUGGCAGAGUCUGGUACAUUUUAAAAUGUGUGAAUGAGUUGCCCUCUAUGCCCUUCCUCAUAAACGUCUUUAAUUGAGCAGUGCUUUGGGACACACCAUGGCACACAGCAUAAAAACAGCAAACAGAUGUGCAGAUGUAAUCUGUGUAGAAAACAUAACCAAAUUUUAUUGAAUCUAACCCAUUGCAGUGUGCCUCUUUUUGAAUAGGCUAUAACACUGAAGUCCAUUUUAAAUUUGCACACAUGGUAUUGCCACCUGAAUAUCUCUUGUUCCAAGUCUCAUUUUGUUUUGCGUUGCUUAAUUACAUGGUUUUAGAGAAAGUUGGGAACAGUUCUGUGAAAAACUCUCAAGGAAAUGUCAACUCUCUGCAUUUCUAAGCAAAUGCAAAUGUAAGCAGCUCCAUAUGGAAAAUGGGAUCAUGAUUGUCAUUGUGUAUGCUAUGCAGUGAUGUCGCAACCAUGACAACUAGCAUGCACGGCUGUCUGCCAUGUAGUGUCAAUGCAUUUACGCACACUGGAAUUAGAAACGGGCUUGAACCAAAGGUAGACUUGGUAUGCUUAUACUGAGCCAGUGUAAGUGUGGAUUUUAUCACACUGUGACCAAAUUAGUUUCAUAAUACUUUUCAUAGCGCUUUAUAAUACUUUGCAUAUACCUGAAGCAUGUCACUGCCAUAUGCUCCAAAAAUUUCAUUAAACACAAUUAUUUGUAAAGGGCCUAAGAAUUCACUUGCAAGUAAACAAUGACAAGUGACAAUUUAGAACAUUGUGUUGUGAAUUUAAAUAAGAUCUUUUGUCAUUAGACUGAUUUCAGAGACAACACAGUGUGUUGUAAUUAAUUGUCACCAAGGGCAAGUUUUUAAUCACAUUUCAUAAUGUGUAAGUCUGGAUUACUUCACACUCUUUGGCCCCAUAGCCUUUAGUUAUGUUUAAAAAAAACCACCUUGAAAUGCCUUAAGUUUAUUCUGCUGUAUUAUGUUAUUAUUUUUGGAAUUGCAGAAUUGUCAUUUACACAGUUUUGUGUUUACGCUGCCUGACCAUUGUACUUUUAACAUAAUGCGUGACAUGGUGUUUAAGGGGUAUGUAUUAAGUCAAAACACAGCUAAAUCAACCACUGGUGAAGCGUGAUGGAGUGAAAUGAGGUAUAUUGCACAUAUGAGCUAUGCUAUACCUAGGAAGAUUUGAGUAGUACGUAUAUACACUCUUAUACAUACUCUUAUUAAACAAAUUUUGUUGCCAUUAUAAAGGGCAGAUUUUAUACUUUUACCCUUUAAAACCUAGUUUUAGGUUCACAUCUAAUAAGUGUUCCUGGUUUAAAAAAGAUAAUUAAUUGCAGAUGGUUUGACAUUGUUGGGAUAUAGUUUACAGUUCCUUUUAAGGAGUUUAAAAUAUCCUUAAGUUAAUGUUGGCAAAUGCAAUCUUCAGUAUCACAAAAAUAAUGUGACUUUUGAGAAGUGUGCCAUUACUGUCGAAACAGCGCCUUGAAAAAUGGUUUGAGAGGAAUAUUUUAUCAUUUUUGAUUCUGUUCAUCACUGAUCAUACCAGCAAUGAAGAUGAUGUUCAGAAAUUGAGCCAUGUUAAUAAAGGUAAUCGAAUGGCCAAAUGAAGAACAAAUGUGUUGGAAUAGAAAACAAAAUCCUGUGGCUUGCCUGAUGUGUACGUAGAACCGUAGGUGUAACAAAUUAGUGGCUUUGUUGAAGUGUAUAGUUUUUUGUGUUAACAUUGGCUUUUUAAGAAAUGGAGAAAGGAAUCAUAAUGCACAUCUUCCCAUGUACUAUGUUGUGACUUGGAACAGUGGGCUAGCUGUUUGUGUGCAUCACUACAAAGGGCUAACAGCUCUUGGGGCUGCUGCUAAGUUUGUGGACUCAGUUCUGUAUUGUAGUGAAGGACAAAAAAA